AUGGUCGAUAUCACCGAGCAAGACGCGUGGAUUGCGCAUCUCAGCGAGUGCAAGCAGCUCUCCGAGAACGAUAUCAAGCGUCUCUGUGACAAAGCACGCGCUAUCCUCCUUGGCGAAUCCAACGUUCAACCCGUCCGUUGUCCCGUCACAGUCUGUGGUGAUAUCCAUGGUCAAUUCCACGAUCUUUCAGAACUUUUCCGCAUUGGUGGUAACUCUCCCGACACAAACUACCUCUUCAUGGGUGACUAUGUCGAUCGAGGUUACUAUUCCGUGGAAACAGUCACCCUUCUCGUUGCUCUCAAAGUCCGAUAUCGCGAUCGGGUUACCAUCCUUCGUGGCAACCAUGAAUCUCGACAAAUCACCCAGGUUUACGGCUUCUACGACGAGUGCUUGCGAAAAUACGGCAACGCUAAUGUCUGGAAAUACUUUACCGAUCUAUUCGACUGUCUCCCACUAACCGCUCUUAUCGACGAUCAAAUUUUCUGUCUUCACGGUGGCCUCUCGCCUUCCAUCGACACGCUCGACCACAUUCGAUCCAUCGACCGAAUCCAAGAGGUUCCGCAUGAAGGUCCCAUGUGCGAUCUUCUUUGGUCUGACCCAGACGAUCGUUGUGGAUGGGGAAUCUCACCUCGUGGUGCAGGUUACACUUUCGGUCAGGACAUCUCGGAGGCAUUCAACCAUAAUAAUGGUUUGACACUCGUAGCUAGGGCUCAUCAGUUGGUUAUGGAUGGCUUCAAUUGGUCUCAGGAGAGAAACGUGGUGACCAUCUUUUCAGCUCCCAACUAUUGCUACAGAUGUGGUAAUCAAGCUGCCAUUAUGGAGAUUGAUGAAAAUUUGAAAUAUACUUUCUUGCAAUUCGAUCCCGCUCCCAGAGCAGGAGAACCGUUGGUUUCCAGAAGAGUUCCCGAUUAUUUCUUGUAA